AAAAGAGGCUCGUUGAGGACCACGGACAACUUGAAAACGCUGGCUACUGGAUGCCUAGCUAACUCGUAUUCUCCUCUUGUCAUCAUUGCUCACAAUCACUUACAGCAUUCUGUGGUCUAUCACGAAUGCUAUGGCCAAACGUGUUGCCUUUAUGGUCCAAGGGAGAGUGCAAGGAGUGUUCUUCCGUGAUUUCACCCAGAGAAAUGCAAACCUCUAUGGCUUGACUGGCUGGGUGAGGAAUACUACUGAUGGAAAGGUCCAGGGAGAAGCUCAAGGCGAUGAAGAAUCGAUAACGAAGCUCAUCGAGGACAUUUCGCGGGGCCCUCGACAUGCCCAAGUGACAAAGCUGGAAAAGUCCGAGAUUGAUCCGAAAGUGGGAGAAUCUCGAUUCCAGGUUGUCCGGUAGAUACAUUAGAAACGGUUGGGUGGAAGUCUAUUGACAAAUAUUGGGCUCGGAGCGAAGCCUACAGCAGGCUAGAUUUCUGUUUUGACAUGAUUGCUC